AUGUCCAACAACAUCGAUCUAGGAAACGGAGUCUCCGUGACCACCAAACAGGUUGCUAUGAUGGUAGCAAUAUUUAAAAAUGCCAGCAGAGACCUCUUACAAACUGUGGACUGGGCUGCUGUCAGUGCCGAGACGGGGCACGCCUCACGGCGUGUGGCCCGUGAUACCUUCACUAAGAGGUGCAAGGUGAAAGGGUGGCUAGAAGGUGGUGUGACCAUUCUUCCCGCUGCUGGUGCUUCCGGUUCCGCUGGUGCUUCCGGUGCCGCUGGUGCUUCUGGCGCUGCUAUUGCCGCCCCGGCUGUUGUGGCCGCUCCGGCUGUUGUGCCGGCUCCGGCUGUUGUUGCUGCUGCCUCCGCCGUUGUGCCGGCUCCGGUUGUCCCCGCCACACCCGCUUCCGGACCUCCGACCCAGACCCCGGCUCCGGCUACUCUCCCUGCUGCCGCCCCCACCCCCACCCCCACCUCUGCCUCUCGUCGUUUUCGCCUCCGCCGUUUCAGGGGAAUUCUCCAUAGGGCUCGUCAGGGCCGCGUUUCGAAGAGUCAUCUUUUUAAGCCCAAAAGAAAGGCUUAG